UUGUCCAAUGCGCUCUCUCUCUCUCUCUCCGUGGGUUCCUUAUCUGAGUUAUCUGUUGACAGUUGAAGACGAAAUUUGAAUCUCCGUAGACUCAUAAAAAAGGGCAAUCAAACACCACCUUCAAACUCCACCAUUUUCAUGAUCUUCCCACUUUCUUCAACCUCUACUCAUACCAACAUUUUGAAAACCCUAAUUUCCGAUAAUUCACUGUAAACAGCUUCUUGCCAUGGAAGCAGCUUCUUGCUCUUUACAAGUAUACCAAGUUUCACUCACUCCAAUUCGCUCUUCACCACGCUUCCUCACUCCCCUCUCUCGAAUUUCUCUCUCCUCUAACUACAGAACCAAUAAUUUCAAUUUAACUUCCUCAUUUCGCGUUAUUCGCCUCAAGAAUCGAUGCUCGAUUUCUAGUACCCCUGACAUUUUGGUCACUGAAGGAGCGUCGAAAGAAGAUGGGAAGCGUAAAGAUGAAGAUUUGAAGGAGAGAGAAAUUGACUUGAAAUCUUGGAUGCAUUCUAAUGGCUUACCUCCUUGUAAAGUUGUUCUUAAGGAAAAACCCUCUCAUAAUUCGAAUCACAGGCCAAUUCAUUAUGUUGCUGCCAGUGAGGAACUUCAGGCUGGUGAUACUGCAUUUUCGGUUCCAAAUUCGUUGGUUGUCACACUCGAGAAGGUUUUGGGUAACGAGACUGUUGCUGAACUUUUGGCUUCAAACAAAUUAUCAGAGUUAGCUUGCUUGGCGUUAUAUUUGAUGUAUGAAAAGAAGCAGGGAAAAAAAUCUUUUUGGUAUCCAUAUAUAAGAGAGCUUGAUCGGCAGAGAGGUCGGGGACAGCUUGCCGUAGAGUCUCCUCUUCUAUGGUCUGAGAGUGAACUCUCUUAUCUUUCUGGCAGUCCUGUUCUGGCUGAAAUUAUUGUAAGGGCUGAAGGAAUUAAAAAGGAGUAUGAUGAGCUUGACACAGUGUGGUUUAUGGCAGGAUCACUUUUUCAGCAAUACCCUUAUGACAUUCCCACCGAGGCUUUUCCUUUUGAGAUCUUUAAGCAAGCCUUUGUUGCUGUUCAGUCUUGUGUGGUGCAUUUACAGGGAGUGAGCUUAGCACGCAGAUUUGCUUUGGUACCUUUGGGCCCCCCGUUGCUAGCUUAUAAGAGUACCUGCAGGGCAAUGUUAACUGCUGAAGAUGAUACUGUUCAAUUGGUAGUUGACCAAUCAUACAAGGCUGGAGAACCUAUUGUUGUAUGGUGUGGUCCGCAGCCUAAUUCCAAGUUGCUCAUAAAUUAUGGUUUUGUUGAUGAGGAUAAUCCGUAUGACCGUAUUGUGGUUGAGGCUGCACUAAGCACAGAGGAUCCACAGUAUCAGGAGAAGAGGAUGGUUGCCCAACGUAAUGGAAAACUAUCUCAACAAAGUUUCCGUGUGCAUGUGGGUAAGGAAAAAGAAGGAGUUGCUGACAUGCUUCCGUAUUUGCGUCUUGGUUAUCUUUCAGAUCCUGCAGAGAUGCAUUCUGUUAUCACCUCUCAAGGGCCAGUAUGUCCUGUGAGUCCUUGUGUUGAAAGAGCAGUUCUAGACCAGCUUUUGGAUUACUUUAAGGAAAGACUUUUGGGUUACUCUACUACAUUAAUGGAGGACAAUUCUUUGUUGGCAGAUCAAGAUCUAAAUCCCAAAAAACGAGUUGCUACACAGCUUGUUAGGCUGGAAAAGAAAAUACUGCUAGCAUGCUUACAAGAGACUGUGGACCUGAUAAGCCUGUUGCCUGAUCACAGUGUUUCUCCUUGCCCAGCUCUGUACGCCCCUUCUUUGAAGUGAAAGGAUGUGACAUCACAUAAGCUAGACGAUUUUUUUGGGGGUAUAAGAGGAAGAGUUGGAACUUUUUCUUGUACAUGGCGGUGUCAAAUUACGAGGUCAGUUUAGCCUGCAGGUGUUGAGAAGAGAAUGCACCAUGCACCAUGCACCAUGCACCAUGUAUUGUCGGUGUAUAUGGUGGUAUGUCAUAGAGAGUAAAUAUGCAUCUUAGUGGAUGAUGUAAAGUUGAAAGAACUCUGUUUCUUGGGUUCCUGGUCAUAAUAUAUAAAAACAAAGUGUGACUGCAAAUGUAGUUCUACUUUCUAUCUUUUAUCUUACCAUAUCCGGGACCGUGCUGCAUAUUUUCUCAGCAAAUGUAUGGUAAAUUGUUUUUUCCAUUUGAUGUAAGAGGAAUAAUAUGAUCUUGUCUUUAGAGAUUCACAUCUCUUGAAAAUUAAGUUUUGAGAAA